AUGGCUCGACAUUUCUCUCAUAUGGAAAAGGAAAAAUGGCUCUCAUCCUCCCCUCGACAAGAGAAGAAAGCCCCGAUUAAGAUCCCGGCCAUUAAUCGAGCAAAUCUCAUUGAUGAACACAAGUUUACCCUCAUAGGCAGAGUUACUAACCAUUCAAUCCAGAAGACCAGAGCCCUUGUGGACUUCUUUCUCCAACAUUGGCAAGUUGUAGGCUCCUUUACAGGCAGAGACCUUGGACCCCUACUGUUCCAGUUCACCUUCGAGUCGGAACAAGACCUACAAGCCAUUCUAUCCCAAGCACCUUACCACUUUAAAAGAUGGAUGUUCAUCCUCCAGCGUUGGGAGCCCAUUGUCUCUGACCAGUUCCCAGCCUUCAUCCCCUUUUGGAUAACCAUUCAUGGCAUUCCCCUCCACUACUGGACUAAGGAGGCUCUAGAAGCCAUUGGCGAAGGUCUAGGACUGGUUGAGGCUACUGAUGUGGUAAAAGGAAGAGUUAGGGUCCAUAUUAAUGGCCUCAAACCCCUGGAAAAGUUCCUCGAUAUUAGCCUAGAGGGUGAAACUAAACAAGUUGAGCUCGAAUAUGAGAAGCUUUACAAGCACUGCUUCUCAUGUCUCUCUUUGUCUCAUGAAGUCAAAGACUGCCCCUCAAGGACUACCAGCCGAAAUACUUCAGACCAGAACUUGGGAAUCACCCAAAGAUGUACGUUGGAACGUAUCGAGGAAAACAUAAGGAGAGCUGAUAAUCGCAAACAAGCAAGGUUCACACCCUAUGAGGAUUCGAGGAAUCAUAGGAGAACUGAUCACUCUCAGGGCAAUCAAGGCUAUUAUAACGAGCGCCCUGAGAAUCGCAAUCAUCACUACGAUGGUCGCAGAGAGCACCUACCUGACAGAUCACUCUCGAACAGAUCAUUCUCUGCAAAAGAAAACAGAGAAAGAGACAGAACAAGAUCCAGAUAG